AUGCCCUCCGUCAUCUUCGUCUGGCCUCGCCGCCUCGCCAUCGCCCUCAACUUCGACGACGACCUCACCAAUGGCACGGUGGAGAUCUUUUGGCCUCGGCCACAAUUCCUCGUCCCAGCGCCCCUCCCGGUCUGGGAGCUACCGCCUCGCUGGGGGCCCGAAAGGGCUACCCAAGUCUUCCUGGACGAGUUCCCGUGGCGCCGGGCACCGGUGCCCUACUGGACGGUUGGUCUGCGUGGCGCGCCCGCCGAUCGGCCAGUGGAGCAGGAGGAGGAGGAGCUCAUCGAUCUGCGGGACUCCCUGGCCAGUAGGGCUCAACAACGCAUCCUCGCCCGUCGCACCGCCCGAGACGCCCAACAAGCAGCCGAAUCGUCUCUCCAUCACAACACACGCGCCGCACAACUCAUCCGACUCCCUCCCGCCUUACGAAUUCUUGCUCACCAGACUUUGAACGCCUGGGACACGAUCAAAAGCCCUUAUGGAACACAACCAGCAUUCCGAGUCGGGCAGGUGGAUGCCGAAUUAUUGGACGAGGAAUUGUUGAAUUUGUUGAAGAAUCAAGUGGGGGAGGGGCUGAAGCUCUUUGGGACGCAUCUGAAAGAGGAAUGGGGCGAUGAGAUUGGGUUGGUCUUGAGGGGUGUGCUGUGGAAACUGGCGAUAUGGGAUCAUGGAGCGAGUUACGGCGCGAGUCUACAAGGGCUGAAGUAUGCUGAUGCGAGAGGAAGUGAGACGGUUGGGCCAGCGAGAAAGAACCCAACAGCAUGGCAGAAGGUAGCCUACGGACUCCUCACAGUCGGCGGACGGUAUGGCUGGAGCAAAUGGGAGGAAUACCUCGCCAACGUCGAGAACAGCUACGAAACAGAGCCCAGCCUAAUGAUGAGACGUUUGAGCCGCCUGACAACGCUAGCUGGCACGACACACGAGAUCGCAGCCUUUGUAUCCUUCCUGGUCUUCCUCUACAAUGGCAAGUACCGCACCCUAGCCGACCGCGUUCUUCGACUCCGCCUAGUCCCCAGCGGCAACCUGACCAAUCGCGAGGUCAGCUUCGAGUACCUCAACCGGCAGUUAGUCUGGCACGCUUUCACCGAGUUCCUUCUUUUCCUGUUACCGUUAGUGGGUAUCAGCCGAUGGCGACGCUGGAUCGCACGGGCUUGGAAGCGGACGAAAGCCGGGAUUACACGGCUCAGGAAGGGUAAUGAGGCCGCAGCUGCUGCGGAAGACGAAGAAGAAAUGAUGAAGGGAGAGCUGGCGUUCCUGCCGGAGAGGACAUGCGCAAUUUGCUAUCAGGAUCAGAAUCCUGCGGGUGGUAGGAGUGAACAGGAAGCUAUCGCUGCUUUGGCUGGAGCUAAUACGGGCAUUAUUGGGAAUGCGAGCACGGAUAUUACGAACCCUUAUUCUGCGAUAUCGUGUAGCUGCAUUUACUGCUUUGUCUGCCUUGCGCAGCGCAUCGAGGCUGAAGAGGGAGAAGGGUGGACUUGCUUGAGAUGUGGGGAGGUGGUCAAGCAGUGCAAGCCCUGGGAUGGAGAUGUGCUGUUCAGUGAGGGGAAGAUGGGAAGCAGUCGCGCUGUGAGCGAGGAGGGCAGGCCGGGUAGUAGGAAGAGCAUUGCUUGGGCUGAUGAGCUGGUGGAAGACGAGGGAGAGGAGCAUGCACUGGAGAGGAAGAUGAGCCAUGUUGAUCCAAUGCCCGUGGAAGAAGAGGACGAGGGGUAUCAGGAAGGGCAGGACGAAGGCUGA